CUCUUUCUUUAUUUUCUGUAUCUUUGCUAAUUUUGCUGUUGCUUAAAAUCUGUCUUUACCAGAAGAGGGAAAUUUAUGUUUUGAGUGUUCUUUUUGGUGGAGUAUCUGUGGCUAAGUUAAAGGAAUACGUUAUGGGAGAGGAGGAAGCCAGCAAAAUGGAAGCCUCUGUACCCAAGGAGCUGCAGCAGCCUGUUAAGGAAGAGAUGGAUGCAGCAAAGAGUGACGUAGUUAAAGAGAAGAGUCUGAUCCCGGUUCCUGAACAAGUUGUAGCAGCACCAGCUAUAGGGAAAGGUCCAAACGACAGAGAUUCUGUGCUUGCACGGGUUGAGACAGAAAAAAGACUAGCUUUGAUUAAAGCAUGGGAGGAAAAUGAAAAGGCAAAAGUAGAAAACAAGGCACAUAAGAAGAUAUCUGCUAUUGGAUCAUGGGAGAAUGCCAAGAAAGCCGGUGUAGAAGCGCAGCUAAAGAAAUAUGAGGAAAAACUGGAAAAGAAGAAGGCUGAGUAUGGUGAGAAAAUGAAAAACAAAGUGGCUGAAAUCCAGGAGGAAGCAGAAGAAAAAAGAGCAGUGAUAGAGGCCAAGAGAGGAGAAUAUUUUCUCAAGAUAGAGGAGACAGCAGAGAUAUUUCGUGCAACUGGAUAUACACCGAAGAAAUUUCUUGGAUGCUUCGGCAGUUAACAUCCUUACUGAUAUUCAAAGGAGAGAAAAUUGUUUUUUUCCCCCUUUUUCCUUUUUCCCUCUCCCCCAGUUGGUUUGUAAUUGUAAGUGGGGCAUUCUAAUCUAAUACUCGUGUACAUCAAUUUAUCUGUGUGUAGAUAUAUAUA